GCUUAUUUGCAGGUAACCAACAACAUCAACAAGAGUGGAGUUUAAAUUCGGUCGCAGGCAUGUCAGCUGACCAGCCCCCAGAGGCGGCCCAGCCGCCGCCGACCCGCCGGCUCCGGCACCUGUUCGACGGCGACGAGACCAACGUGUACAACAGCGAGUUCUGCAACCUGUGCGCCGGCACGCCGGGCCCGGACCUGCUGCGCCGCUGCGUCGACAUCUUCGAGGAGGCCACGGCGCACAGGAUGGCCCACGAGCGGAAGGACGCAUUCCUCUUCCAGUACGGCGCCACGGACGGCCCGUGGGACUUCCGGGAGGAACUGAGCCGAUUCCUCUCCAAGCGCUACGACGACCAAGUGAACGAGGAUGACUUGGUCCUGACAUGCGGUGCGUCGCACGGCCUCCAGCUCAUCCUCAACUCUUUCAUCGAGCCCGACGGUGUCAUCUUUGUGGAGGAAGUCACCUACAUGAUCGCCAUCGCGGUCUUCAGGGAGUUCUCCGGGAUGAAGAUCGUCUCAGUGCCCUUCUCUGACACGGGGGUCGUGGCGUCCGAGCUGGAGCGGCUGGCACGGGAGGAGAAGGCUAAGAGAGGCGACCGAUCGACGGGGAAGCCGUUCUGGGCCGUGUUCUACUCCAUCCCCGUGUACCACAACCCGACCGGAGUGUGCACCAGCCAAGAGGUGGGCGCCGAGGUGGUGCGGGUAGCGCAGUCACUCGGCUUCCUGGUGGCCUGCGACGACGUGUACAACCUGCUGCACUACGGGGCCGGGGCCGCACCUCGCCGCCUGCACUCGCUGGAGCGGAGCCUGGCCCCGCCGGCGGGCGCGGCCGGCCCGCGCCGGCGCCACGUCGUCUCCAACGGCAGCUUCUCCAAGAUCCUGGCCCCCGGGGUGCGCGUGGGCUGGCUCGAGGCCCCCGCCGACCUCGUACAGCAGCUGAGAACCUCGGGGAUCCUGAGGAGCGGUGGUGGCGUCAACUCGUACACGGCCGGCGUCAUCUGCAGCGCGCUGCAGCUGGGCCUGCUGGACAAGCACCUCGACCACCUGGUGGCCACCUUCAGGGGUCGCAUGCGCGCGCUGUGCGACGCCCUGGAGGCGGCGCUGCCGGCGGGCUGCUCGCUGCACCCGGCGCGCCCGGCCGGCGGCUACUUCGUGUGGCUGCGCCUGCCGCCCGGGCUGGACGCCGAGGCGGUGCAGCGCCACGCCCGCGACACGCGCCGCGUCUCCGCCUUCCCCGGCGCGCUCUUCUCGCCGGCCUCGGCCUCCUCGGCGCACGGGCCCGCCGCCGGCAGCAGCCACCUGCGCCUCGCCAUCGCCUUCCACGACGAGCAGAGGCUGGCCGCGGCCGCCAGGGACCUGUGCUCCGCCAUCGCCGAGCUCAUACAGCAGCGUGGCGACGUCCUCGUGUGAAAUCAACCGGGCUUUUAACAUGUUUUUACAAUUACUAUAUUUUUAC